AUGCGGGAGGCGAAGCUGGAGCACGGCGUCAUCAGCUACAGCGCUGGGAUCAGCGCGUGCGAGAAGGGCGGGCAGUGGCAGCAGGCGUUGGUGCUGCUCAGCGAGAUGCGGGAGGAGAAGCUGGAGCUCGACGUUAUCUUCAGCUGCAAUGCUGCCACCAGCGCGUGCGAGAAAGGGGAGCAUUGGCAGCUGGCUCUGGCGCUCUUCAGCGAGAUGCGGGAGGCGAAGCUGGAGCCCAACGUCACCUUCAGCUACAGCGCUGGGAUCAGCGCGUGCGAGAAGGGUGAGCAGUGGCAGCGGGCUCUGGCGCUGCUCAGCGAGAUGUGGGAGACGAAGCUGGAACCCAACGUCAUCAGCUACAACGCUGUGAUCAGCGCGUGCGAGAAGGGCGAGCAAUGGCAGCGGGCGCUGGCGCUUCUCAGCGAGAUGUGGGAGGCGAAGCUGGAGCCCGACCUCUAG